UGGGAACCACUUCCCUCGCAAAUCAUAGCUUCUCCAGAUUGAUUACUGCGUUAUUGUUAUGAACAAGCAAGAUAGGCCAAAAUGAGAGGAGAAGAAUCAGAUCCUCUAAUUUCGGACCAAGAAAUUGGAAGCCAUCAUGUUCACAGAGAACAGAACCAUAAGGCCGAUGAAGGUGGUUGUGGAACUGAGGAAUUUAUUGAGGAAGGAAAGAGGCAGCUUGGCUUGGCACUGCCUCUCAUAGCAGUAAACAUGCUGCAGUAUUGUUUACAGGUGAUUUCUGUGAUGUUUGUUGGUCACCUUGGUGAACUUGCACUCUCCAGUGCUUCCAUGGCCACUUCCUUCGCAUCAGUUACUGGCUUCACUCUUCUUCUAGGAAUGGGAAGUGCACUGGAAACUCUGUGUGGACAAGCCUAUGGAGCAAAGCAAUACCACAUGCUCGGCGUUUACACGCAACGAGCAAUUCUGAUUCUCUUAGCCGUAAGCAUCGCCCUUGCAGUUAUCUGGUACCACACCAGCUUCCUUCUUGUUGCUCUAGGUCAAGAUGAAGAUAUUUCAGCUGGAGCUGGCGAGUUCACCCGUUGGAUGAUUCCUGGCCUUUUUGCCUACGGCAUUCUCCAAUGUCUCAUUCGAUUUUUACAGGCACAGAAUAAUGUAGUUCCCAUGAUGAUAAGCUCUGGGAUGACCGCUACAUUCCAUAUUUUCAUGUGUUGGCUUUUCCUGUUCAAGAUGAAGCUUGGAAGUAGAGGGGCUGCUUUGGCGAAUGCCAUCUCAUACUGGAUUAAUGUGCUUUUCUUGGCUGUGUAUAUUAAGUUCUCCACAGCCUGUGCAGAAAGUUUCACUGGUUUCUCAAGAGAAGCGUUUGAAGAUAUACUUAGUUUUCUGAGGCUUGCAAUUCCUUCAGCUAUAAUGAUCUGUUUCGAGUACUGGUCAUUCGAGAUGGUGGUUCUUUUGUCCGGUCUGCUCCCAAAUCCAAAGUUAGAGACAUCAGUAUUAUCGAUAAGCCUUAACACAUGCUGGAUGGUUUAUAUGAUCUCAGUUGGUCUUGGUGGUGCAGUAAGCACUAGAGUUUCAAAUGAAUUAGGCGCUCGGAACCCACAACGUGCACGUCUAGCUGUAUGUGUAGCAGCAGCAAUCGCCACUUCAGAGGGUGUAAUUGUUGGAAUAACUACAAUUUUGGUUCGACAUAUUUGGGGAAAGCUAUACAGCAAUGAAGACGAAGUAAUUAAGUAUGUUGCCAAAAUUAUGCCCCUGCUCGCAUUAUCAGACUUUUUGGAUGGUUUUCAGUGCGUGUUAUCAGGAGCUGCUAGAGGAUGUGGGUGGCAAACUUUAUGUGCAGUUAUCAAUCUUGGAGCUUACUAUGUGGUGGGGAUUCCUUCUGCUGUGCUCCUCGCUUUCAUGUUUCAUGUUGGAGGCAUGGGACUUUGGAUGGGAAUAAUCUGUGGACUUUCUGUUCAAGCUGUAGCACUGGUGGUUGUAAAUGUAGCCACUAAUUGGGAUGAUGAGGUGAUGAAAGCCAUAGACCAAAUUCAAGCUACCAGGCACUUAAAUGACAACAGAAUCAGACUUUUCACAACUUAUUGACGCCAAAUGAAUGCAUCAAGACUAGAAACAGAGGAAAGUUUAGAUUUGUUGUCUUUAUAUUCACUCUUGUUAUGCUUUGACAUAGACAAUCCUCUUCCUACCAUACAUUUGCCUACAUAAUACCGACACAGAAGCUAUUCCAACA